AUGGUCAGGACGUUAUUUGAUAUCUGUCUGACCACAAUCUGUCGUCAAAAAUUGGUGAAAGAGAUAUCGCAUCUUCCGAUUGAGGGAAAAGAAAAGUUGUUGGAGUACUUUACAUCUCAUGACAUGGUGAGGGAAAUUCAAGAGGGGUUCCGGGUAAAUCCAAAAAAUUUUUUGACAAAGUUUUUGUCUAGUGUGGGCCUUGUAUAAAAAAACCCAAUACUUACAGUGCAGAAUAUGAAAUAAAUUGCUAUGGGCGAAAAGCCGAGUAAUACAUAUAAGUAUGCAUAGCCAAAUUUUUUUUGAAUCUACCCGGAACCCCUCUGAUUCGUUAACCACAUAUUAUUUAGCUGUCCCACCCGAAUUGCGUUGAAGUUUUGUCAUCCGGAUUCUCCUCCAACAUCGAAUCUCUUAACUUUUAUUUGAGUGAAGAUGUCACUGAUAACUUGUUGAGAACUAUUGUAAGGUCGUGUACAUCCCUUAAAGAAGUCUCCAUCAUUGACUGCCCGAAUGUUACGGACCAGGGAAUCCUCGAUAUUACUUUAAAUCAGCCAGAAUUGUAUUCGGUGGAGCUCAGAUAUCUGAGGAAUCUGACUUCGAAUGGACUCAGGAAUAUCAAAUCGAGCUAUUUGGAGAGUGUGGAUCUCAGUGGAUGCUCACGGGUGAGGCUGAGAGCUUUUUGAUGGCCACUUUUACAGCUUUGUGAAUGUAAAAUUGCGCAAUUUCAGAUAACUUCCGAAGGGAUUUUUGAUCUAGUCUAUAAUAAUCGGAGUAUCAAGAAAUUAAACUUGAGUAAUUGCCGAGAUCUGGACGAUCAGGCCUUGUAUGACAUUGCUUCUUGUAUCGGGGAAAACCUGGAGAUAAUCGAGUUGGAUUGCCUUCCCAAUGUCCUCGACCCAGCGACCACAAUCUAUGAUCUGUCCCACAAAUGUCCAAACAUAUCACAAUUGAGCCUUUGCCGGUUCUUCGGGGUCAGUUUGAUUACUUUUAUUUUUUGAUAUUGCUUCAAAACAAAACGAUAACUUUCAGUCGGAGGGAGAGAGCGAAAUGAUCUCUCAGUACGAAAUUGAAGGCGCCGUCUUGCGGGAAAUCGAUUUAUACGGUAAGAUCGCUAAUAAAACGCUAACAUUGUGCUUAGGGAAUUACUUCGUUCACCUACCAAAACUGCCUCAAAAUAUUCGAACGAUACGAUUGUCGGUUACUGGCUGUGAAGAUGUCGAGGAACUGGUGAGGAGAUUGGAAACACAGAAGGAAUUGUGUGAUCUCCAUCUCCAAUUGGAAUGUCUGGAUGAGGAUACGGUUAGUUUUAAAUUGCAAUGUAAAAUAGCGUAAUGUUUUGUGAUAUUGGUGUCAUGAAAACUUUUUUUUCAGUGGUUAGUCGAAGCUGCAAAUCGUUUCCUGGUCCACUUUUUAUCGCAUCUUGGUCCGAAGAUUACUCGCCUCCAUAUCAGCGCUUGUCGUAUCGUCGAUCCGGUCAUGGCUCUCAUCACCGACUCCCUGCCUCAUCUCACCGAUCUGGCCUUGUCUUGUCUGCAUCUGAACACUUAUUAUCUGAGGCGCUUUUUCUCCGGAGGCAUUAAUUCCAAAGGAUCCAAACUCAAAUCACUUAAACUCAAGGGCCUGAGGAUUACGUAUCGGGCAUUAUUUGCCAUCGGAAAGGGAGCACGCUCGCUUACUGUAAGUUACAAUCAUUGACGAUACAGAUUUCUAGGACCUCGAGGCUUCGCAUAUGCCCACAGUAGAUGAUCGAUUCCUUGUUUUAAUCGCUGACACUUGCAAACAUCUUCGAUCCGUUAAUUUCAAUGGCUGCCGCUUUGUAACGGACAAGGGACUCUCAGCAUUGGCUUGCAAUGGAAAUCUGAGUGAAGUCCGGAUCCGAGGGACUGGCUGUACGGACAAGUUUCUCUACCGACUCGCCGAGCACUGCCCUCAAAUGGAAUGGAUCGCCCAUGCUGACUUCAGUGGAAGGCCCAGAUUCAGCCAGAAGGCCCUACAAUUUCUGAGGGACACUUGCAUUCAACGUGUUAUUUGUUGA